AUGUCAUUCUGGUCGGUACCAACAUCUAGUGAUUGUGUGGUGAUCGCCAUCUCCGAUUGGUGUGAAGUAUCAAAUGAAAAUGAUAUAUUUGUCUUGGUCACUGAAACGGGAAAGAGAGCAACUAGUUGGACUGUUCGUCAAUUUUAUUAUGAAGGAUGCUCAGAUGACGACUUUAUGUCGUGUAUUAACAACCCGAUUUUCUACAACGGAGCUCUCUACUGCUUAGAUUAUAACGGAAUGUUAGGAGUUUUCAAAAUGAAAGGUAAUAAUAGCAGUUGGAAAGUACUUUCCAUGUCUUUGAAACAAUUCAGUGGUUUUUUUCCAAGUUAUUUGGUGCAGUGUGAUGGAAAGCUUUUACUAGUGAAUUUAGGACAGAGUGGGAAACUGAUAGAGGUUUAUAGAUUGGAUGAUUCGGAGAUGGUCUGGGUAAAAUUGACCAGUUUGGGUAAGCAUGCGCUGUUCAUCAGCUAUACAUCCAGUUUCUCGGUUGUCGCCCACGCAGCUGCGUGGAGAACAAUAUCUACUUCCCUAUAUUACAAGGUGAAAGGAUUCUAUACUAUUCUCUUGAUACAUGUAGUUAUCAUUGUGUUGGAAGUAACAAAUACUCUGCGCAAGAUUUUCAUAAUACAAAAGAAAGAUCAAACUGCACUUGGAUUGAGCCUAGAUGGUCUUAGGCAAGUCCUGAUCAACCUGACGAGCUGA